CAUUGCUUUGAUUUAAUUUAAAUCUCUUGUUCCAGUAAAAAAUCCCACACUUCCCAAAAUGCUGGAAAAUCCCUCAUUAGAAUCCUUGGCCAAAAGGGAAGUGCAUUUUGUAUACUCUUAGGCAAACAAUGCAGAAAGAAUCCUACGUUGGUUUAGGAAUAAUAAUACUAUUAAGACAAGUCACAUGUGAGUGCCAUGCUGACUACAAUGGCCAUUUUAGUGACACAAAAUUAGCUCAUUCAACUUUGCGUGUGGGCAAACUUUGGCACAUAAAUGAUCAGGCAAGCUGCAGUUUGUUGCUGACGUGAUUUGUGAAAGGGCUUCAGCAGGUAAAGCUGGUUUCAAAUCUAACACAAAACAUCACAUUCUCAGUUCAGAUGCUCGUUUUGUUCUUCCUCAGCACUUGCAUUCCCAAGCAGCUUGAAAAUGAGCAAUAGUCACUGAAUUUGUGCAAUGAGGUAGUAACAAGUUCUGCUUCAUAAAAAAUUACUUUGUAAAUAGCUAUUUACAUUUCAAAAAAAAUGAUACAGAGUGUUCUGUGGACUUUUUUUUGGCAAAGUAUUAUUCUGAGGCAAUGCCACAUAGUUCCGCAAGACUGGGCUCUUUUCAAGAAGUGUAGGCUCUCCUCUGGGUGCUGCCUCAUCUAUCACAGAGAAGUUGGCCUGGAGAAACAUCCGGCUCUUGUACUUGUUUACUGAUUAUCUUGGGCAUGUCAUUCAACCUCUCAGUAUUGCUGUAUGUACAGAAAAUUUUACAACAUCUACCUAGCAGGGAGAUUGUGAGGAUCUCCCUGCUGUUUUGUGCUCUUUUGUACAGUAUUUUAUUCAGGUGAAGUUUUAUUCCAAAAGCAAAGGUCUUAACACCUGCAGGCAUCAAUGGCAAAUAAGUUUGAGGCAAAUAUUCUAUGUUGAUUAUGCAAGAAAAUUGUUAUUUGAAGCCAGUGGGAGUGCUUUUGCAUAUUUCAUUCCAGGUUGGUACAAACUUCACUGAAUUCAUAGGCAAUGAGUAUGAAUAUACUUGAUUGUACUUCAGGCUGUAUGAAAUCAGCACAAAGAUGAUACUAGCAGAAGAACGACACCCUAUGAAGCGUGUAAAACCCUUGUCAAGCUCCACACAGAAAAGCCUCGCUGUUGGUGCAUGUACUCAGACAGUGUACUGUGUCAAGGGUACAGUGACAAGGGACAAUUCCAUCUCCAGUGGUCCGACUGGAAAUGUGAUGGUUUCAGUGUGCCUCAUGUCUGGUAGGUUUGAGUAUGCUAAACAAAACCUCCUCAGUGAGGGAGAUGCAUAUUGGCAGAGAAAAACUGCUCAGGGUCAUGGCUGCUUUCCUCUUCUGGUAAGGGGUGUCACUAAACUGAUGGGUGACACUGGAUUAAGGGACUGCAGGCUGAAUGUGACCUUCAUACUUGCUGAAGGAGAAGUUGACUGUACAAGCUGCUGAGAACCUUCACAUCUUUUUGGUGCCAAGCACAUAGUCUGAGUGCUGCAACAUUAUCCCUUGUAUGCUUUCUGUCUCCUGGGGGGCGGACACUGCCCCACAGUUCUUGCCCAGGUCCUGCUGGAGACCUAGGCCUUGGUGUCCACCCACAGCUGCUGCUCUAGGAACCCCUUCAUGGCCCGGUAGCAGCCAAGCUACUCUGCUGGAACAGAGGGAAUUUUAUUUUUGGUGGUCUGGAUGAAAGUUUACUUUGCAUUAGACUUUAAGCGAGCAAACAACGUCUGCUCCACUUCCUCGUUUGUCCUAUAAGAAUAUUAGAUUACCCUCUACUAAAGGGAAGUUAAGGAAGUAAAUUACGGCUGACUGAAUCCUUUUGGUGUCCAUGCAGGUACGCAGCCAAACAACUGUGUUGGAGCCCAGAUGAACGGUGCCCUUCCUGUCACGAGUACCUAAGACAUGCCACUUCUUAUGACCUGCUUUAUAGACUAACCAAGCUUUGGUUGUAUUGGUCUAGAUGGAAGAAGGAACAAGGCUGUAUGUAAAGUGGGUGCUAGUACUAUUGGGGACUCAAUAAGUAAUAUUUUCCUCUUGAUCUAGCAUUUGUUAAUGCCCUGAGAAAAUUUUUAGGUGGUAUUCUCCUCCCAGAGGUGCUGGCUUAAAAGAGAAGUGAGACUUAAGUACUGAGAUUUGUCAUUGCAUAUUGAACCAUUUUAUGAGUGCAGAUAUGAUAACCCUAAGGUUCUGUUUGAGCUCCAAAUUAGGUAAUUUCUUAGCGUUUCUAAACUUUCUCUCCAGGUUUAGCUACACACAACAUUAUCCUGUGCUUUCAUAAACUGUUGCAUGUCCUGGCUUUGUGCUGUUGAACAGCUGCAGUGUCCACCCCUAGGAGUUAUGGCGCUGAGCCUUAUCCUUGUCCACUUCACCAGCAAUAUGUGGCUUCAUUAAUAUUUGCAUUCCUUUUUUGCUACUUCAGAAAUGCUUUAAUCCAAAAACUCAUUGUUUUGAAAGCAGCUUUCUGGGUCUCAGUCAUUAAAGCCUACAGGAUCACGGUCCAAAAAGCCUAUGUGUAAUUUAAGAAAGGUAUUCCUUCUAGCUCCUGCCUAAUAUAGGAAGUAACUGACCCCACAGCGUGCAUCUCUUGAAAAGUAUUUCCAAUUUUUUCGAUGUAUAUAUAUGUUAUUUCCAAAGUUAAUAAGCAAUUUAUUAAACCUUAGAUCUUCCUACAUGGAGUUUGACUUGAAAAUAGUUAAGCCAUGAAGCUGAUUGUUUGAAGGAGAUUUUGACUGCAGUCCUUCUGUGAGAAGGUACGAGCAAGAACAUUGUAAUUGAUUCUUGAAGCUUCCCAGCUAAUUUGCCCCUGGGUUAUCAGCAAGACAUUGCAUUGCUAUGUCUCAGCUAAGCAGGAGGUGUAAGUAUUGCAUGCUUGAAACAGAAAUGUCUCUGUGAAACUGCUAGUGACUAACUGCUGGGUCCUUCUCAAUGGUGGAUGGUCAGGAGCAACUUCAGUGAAUUUGCUGAAUUUCCAUGUGCACCGCGGCUGCUGCAGCUCCUCGCUGUGGUGUGACUGAUGUCCUUUGUAUUGUUUGUUCUCUCUGUGCUGUCAAACAGGACGUACAUGGAAGCUUAUCAUAAUGUUUUGGCAGACUCUCAGCCAGUUAGCCAAGCACCGCACUGGCAGACACCCUGUUUAUCAGCAGCAUCUCUGCGACUGCUGGCAAGCCCGUCGGGCUUUUGAGGGUAAAGAGUCUAAAAGGUGCCGGCCUCACAUGCACGUUACGAACAAGCAGCGCGACCUCUCCCCGCCGCUUUGCGGGGCGCCCCAAAGCAGCACGUCGGAGGCGGGGAGGGCGACGAGCCCGAUCCCCGGAACGCCGGCGCAAGCCCCGCGACCCGCACUGACGGGGCGGCCGCGUCGGGCGGGAGGCCGGGCAGCCGGCGGGAGCGGGCAGCCGCGCUCCGCUCCGCACCGCAGGGCCGGGCAGGGCGCCGCAGCCUUCGCUUUCACGCCCGCCUUGCCCCUGCCCCGCCGGUGCGGUCGCCGUGAGGGAGAGCGGGGCCCGAAUGCUGCUCCCGCCGCGCGGCUGCCUGGCAGGCGGCCGGCGGGCAAGGCGGGCACGGCGCCCUUGGAGCGUUCAGCGCGCGACCGUUGGAGCCGUUAGCACCCGGCCGUUGGGGCCGUUAGCGCCCGGCCACUGGGGCAGUCGGCGCCCAGCCGUUGGGACAGUUAGCGCCGUCGCAGUCGGACCUCCUCUCGGCAGCGACAUGUUCCGCGCAUCCCGGACAAAACGUGAACAGGAAACAUCCUGGAAAUGUGGGUCACGAUUCCCCAGGAAGAGCUCCCGGCCGCAGCUCGCAGCCCGCUUUAUUUUCGCACAGGCUGAGGGGGGCCGUGGCCCCGGCCCCCGCCCCCGCCAGCUCCUCUCAGAGGUCCCCGCCGCAGGGCGUCGGGCAAAGCCCCGCUCACACACCGAGCUUUUGGCAGAGAGCUGGGCGCACACCGCCGCACUAGGGGCUGCCCGGGCCCGCCACCAUUGCUGCAGAAAAUACCCGGUGCCCGGGGGGUGGGUGUUUCACCGGACGGACAGCCCGUGGCGCUGCGAGGAGACAAAGACCGCAGCGGGCAGGAGGGACCCGGCCGAGGGUAGCAUCUGCUGCGGGGGUUGGCGGUCCCAAGGCCUCCAGCGGCCCCGCUCGCCUCUCGCCUGGCCCGGGGCAGCGCGGCCGGACCGGGGCCACAGCGGCCACUGCAUCCGCGUGCCGCCGGCGAUCCCGCAGCCCACGCCCAGCCCGGCGGGGUCACGGCGCAGCGGGCUCGGCGGCGCGCAGGCGCACAGCGCGCCCGCGCCUCCAACAUGGCUGAGAUGGUGCCGCUUGUCCUGCGGCGGGCGCGCCGGGGAGGAUGCUGAGCCGCCCGGGAGCCGCCGCCGCCGCCGCAGCAGGGGUGGCCAGGCCCGAGACGGGCCCCUCUCAGCCAUGGCCAGGCUGGCCGACUACUUCAUCGUGGUGGGCUAUGACCACGAGAAGACAGCAGGCCCAGCAGAAGGUUUGGGAAAAAUAAUACAAAGAUUUCCUCAGAAGGACUGGGAAGAUACUCCUUUUCCACAGGGAAUAGAGUUGUUUUGCCAACCUGGAGGAUGGCAGCUUUCAAAAGAGAGAAAACAGCCAACGUUCUUUGUGGUGGUUUUGACUGAUAUAGACUCAGAGAGACACUACUGUUCCUGCUUAACUUUCUAUGAAGCAGAGAUUAAUCUGCAGGGAACAAAAGAAACCGAAGGUGAAGAGGAGUCUGGUUUAAUUCCGCCUGCUGAAGUAUUUGCUCCUAAAAGUUUGGUGUUGGUGUCCAGACUAGAUUAUCCAGAAAUUUUCAGGGCAUGCCUGGGACUGAUCUAUACUGUGUAUGUGGACAGCCUGAAUGUGUCACUGGAGACUCUCAUUGCAAAUCUCUGUUCAUGCCUUGUCCCUGCUUCUGGAGGGUCUCAGAAAUUGUUUUCUUUGGGAGCUGGAGACCGACAACUGAUACAGACUCCUCUACAUGAUAGUCUUCCUGUUACAGGCACCAGUGUGGCUCUUCUCUUUCAGCAACUGGGAAUCCAAAAUGUACUCAGCUUAUUCUGUGCCGUGCUUACAGAAAAUAAGGUUCUCUUUCACUCUGCAAGUUUUCAGAGGCUUAGUGACGCCUGUAGGGCUCUGGAGUCUUUGAUGUUUCCCCUCAAAUAUAGUUAUCCCUAUAUUCCAAUUCUUCCUGCACAGCUAUUGGAAGUUCUCAGCUCGCCAACGCCUUUCAUAAUUGGUGUACAUUCUGUCUUUCGUAAUGACAUUCAUGAACUUUUAGAUGUAAUCAUUGCAGACCUGGAUGGAGGCACAAUUAAAAUUCCUGAAUGUAUUCAUCUCUCUCAGCUCCCAGAGCCACUGCUACAUCAGACUCAGAUGGCACUUUCUCUAGUUUUGCAUCCUGAUUUGGAAACAGCAGAUUAUGCAUUCCCUCCCCCACGAACAGCUUUAUCACACACAAAAAUGCUGGAUAAAGAAGUGCGAGCAAUCUUCCUUAGGCUAUUUGCACAACUUUUCCAAGGAUACCGGUCAUGCCUUCAGCUGAUCAGAAUUCAUGCUGAACCAGUCAUUCAUUUCCACAAGGCAGCCUUCUUGGGCCAGCGAGGCUUAAUUGAAAAUGACUUUCUAACCAAAGUUCUCAAUGGAAUGGCAUUUGCUGGUUUUGUGUCAGAGAGGGGUCCUCCCUUUAGAGCCUGUGACCUUUUUGAUGAGUUGGUAGCCUUUGAAGUUGAAAGAAUUAAAGCUGAGGAAGGUAAUCCACCAAAAAUGAUAAAACAUGUUAGAGAACUUGCAGAACAACUCUUCAAAAAUGAAAAUCCCAAUCCCCACAUAGCAUUCCAGAAAGUGCCACGGCCCACAGAGGGCUCCCACUUGAGGGUUCACAUCCUCCCAUUUCCCCAGAUCAAUGAGUGCAGAGUGCAGGAGCUGCUCCAGGAAGGCCUUGCAAGGAGUCAGGGCGCCCCCCCUGCCACUCGGGGAGACAAGAAGUGCGUCGUUCCAGCAGGUCCCCCUGUUGUUUCCAUAAUGGAAAAAGGAAGCACAGUUUUCAAUAGUGCACAAAGGCUGGAAGUUGUUAGAAACUGCAUCGCAUUCAUUUUUGAAAAUAAGUUUUUGGAGACUGAAAAGACCCUGCCUGCAGCCCUGAGAGCCCUAAAAGGAAAGGCAGCUCGGCACUGUCUCACACAGGAAUUAAGCCUGCAUGUUAAACAAAAUCGAGCAAUUCUGGACCAUCAGCAGUUUGACUACAUAGUACGAAUGAUGAACUGUGCUUUGCAGGAUUGUUCAUCUUCAGAAGAAUAUAGCAUUGCUGCAGCAUUGCUACCCCUGACAACUGCUUUCUAUAGGAAAUUAGCACCUGGAGUUAGUCAGUUUGCUUAUACCUGUGUACAAGACCAUCCUAUCUGGACUAACCAGCAGUUUUGGGAAACAACCUUCUAUGGCAAUGUGCAAAAUCAAGUUCGUUCCCUCUACCUUACAGCCAAAGAAGACAACCAUGCAGUACAAUUGAGACAAAAGGAGAAAAGUUCUGUAGGUCUGGACCACGAUAAGACAGCAAUGGACCUGGCUGCUGAACAGUUGCGAUUAUGGCCAACGCUUAAUAAACAAACUCAGCAGGAACUAGUCCAGAAUGAGGAAAGUACAGUUUUCAGCCAGGCAAUUCAUUUUGCUAACCUCAUGGUCUACCUGCUAGUACCGCUGGAUACAAGUAAGAACAAAUUAUUGAGAGCAUCAGCUACUGGUGACUGGGAGAGUGGAAGUAAUAGUAUUGUCACAAACAGUAUUGCAGGCAGUGUUGCAGAGAGUUAUGACACUGAAAGUGGGUUUGAGGACUCUGAGAACAAUGAUGUGGCAAAUGCAGUUGUACGCUUCAUCACCAGAUUUAUUGACAAGGUUUGCACAGAGAGCGGGGUUACACAGGAUCACAUCAAGGGUCUUCACUGCAUGAUACCAGGCAUUGUAGCAAUGCACAUAGAGACCCUGGAGGCUGUCCAUCGUGAGAGUAGAAGGCUUCCACCAAUACAGAAGCCCAAAAUUCUACGACCAGCUUUACUGCCAGGAGAAGAAUUUGUUUGUGAAGGACUCCGUGUGCUACUGGAUCCUGAUGGCAGAGAGGAAGCUACAGGAGGACUGCUUGGAGGUCCUCACAUCCUCCCUGCUGAAGGAGCUUUGUUCCUUACCACCUACAGAAUUAUAUUCAAAGGCACUCCUCAUGAUCAGCUGGUGGGAGAGCAGGCGGUGAUCCGGAGCUUUCCUAUUGCAUCUGUUACGAAGGAGAAGAAGAUCACUAUACAAAACCAGUUGCAGCAGAGUAUGCAAGAAGGACUGCAGAUCACUUCAGCUACCUUUCAGUUAAUUAAAGUAGCAUUUGAUGAAGAAGUAAGUCCUGAAGUGGUGGAAAUAUUUAAGAAACAGCUAAUGAAGUUCCGCUAUCCUCAAUCUAUCUUCAGCACUUUUGCAUUUGCAGCUGGGCAAACAGCACCACAGAUAAUUUUACCAAAGCAAAAAGAAAAGAACACUUCAUUCCGUACCUUCUCAAAAAGUAUUGUGAAAGGAGCAAAACGUGCUGGGAAGAUGACAAUUGGUCGCCAGUAUUUAUUAAAGAAGAAGACAAGCACAAUAGUGGAAGAAAGAGGGAAUCGUCCAGGCUGGAACGAAGAUGAUGAUAUCUCUGUUUCAGAUGACAGUGAGCUGCACACAAGUGGUACCCUAAAAGCUUCAGAGAAGUCAACAAUGGAGCAAUUAGUAGAAAGAGCCUGUUUCAGAGACUAUCAACGUUUGGGACUAGGGACCAUCAGUAGUAACACUUCUCGAUCAAAACCAGAAUACUUAAGAAUAACUGCAUUGAACAGGAUGUAUUCACUUUGCAGGAGUUAUCCUGGACUUCUGGUAGUACCUCAGUCAGUUCAAGACAGCAGUCUGCAAAGAAUUGCUCGCUGUUACCGUCACAAUCGCCUACCAGUUGUGUGUUGGAAAAACACGAAAAACAGUACUCUUCUACUUAGGUCAGGGGGCUUUCAUGGAAAAGGUGUUGUUGGCCUCUUCAAAUCCCAAAACACACAUCCUACAGCUCCUGCUUCUUUAGAAUCUUCAAGCAGUAUAGAACAAGAAAAAUACCUACAAGCCUUACUUAAUGUGAUAACCGUCCACUGCAAAAUGAAUGGCAGUAAUACUCUCACUGUUAGACCAACAAUUGCUCUAUCUCCAGGUGUAUGGGCAAGUCUUCGUUCAAGCAACCGAUUUAUCAACGCUCAGACUCCAUUCAUUGAUGUUGGUGCAAGACUUGCAGGCAAAGACAAUACCACUUCCUACAGUAGCAGCACUUUUUUGCAAAGUCAGCUUUUGAGACGUCAAGCAGCCCUCUAUAUAUUUGGAGAAAAAUCUCAGUUACGGGGCUUCAAACUUGAUUUUGCUUUGAAUUGUGAAUUUGUUCCUGUUGAAUUCAGUGACAUCCGACAGACAAAGGCAAGCUUUAAAAAGCUGAUGAGAGCUUGUGUUCCCAGCACUAUUCCUACAGAUUCUGAGGCAACAUUCCUAAAAGCACUUGGGGAGUCAGAGUGGUUCCCACAGCUUCACAGGGUAAUGCAAUUGAGUGUGAUCAUCUCAGAGCUCCUGGAAAAUGGUUCUUCUGUUAUAGUUUGUUUGGAAGACGGCUGGGAUAUUACCGCACAAGUAGUAUCUCUAGUGCAGUUACUCAGUGAUCCCUUCUACAGGACACUUGAAGGCUUCCGAAUGCUGGUGGAAAAAGAAUGGCUCUCUUUUGGUCAUAAAUUCAGUCAACGAAGUAAUCUGACUCUGAAUUGUCAGGGUAGCGGAUUUGCACCUAUUUUCUUACAGUUCUUAGACUGUGUGCAUCAGAUUCAUAGUCAAUACCCAACAGAGUUUGAGUUCAAUCAGUAUUAUCUGAAGUUUCUCGCUUUUCAUCACAUAUCAAAUCGAUUUAAAACAUUUCUUCUGGAUUCAGACUAUGAAAGACUAGAACAUGGGACAUUGUUUGAAGAUAAAGGAGAUAAACAUGCCAAAAAAGGAAUUUGUAUUUGGGAAUGUAUCGAAAAAAUGCACAAAAGGAGCCCUAUUUUUUUCAAUUACCUCUUUGCUCCUACUGAAAUAGAGGCAUUGAAACCAAAUGUAAGUAUGUCCAGCCUCAGAAAGUGGGAUUACUAUGUAGAAGAGAUUUUGGCUACAGGUCCUUCUUAUGACUGGACCAUGGUGACUGCAAAAUGCAGUGCUUUAGAGGAAGCUGAACAAAUGGAUGGUUCAGUCGCUCAGACUAAGAGGAAAAUAGUAUGGCCAUGUUAUGAUGAUGUUAAAAAACUACAACCUGAUGCCAUCAGCAGCCUUUUAAAUGAAAUAGAAAGGUUGGAAAGUAAAUUAAAUCAGAACCCAGAAAGAUGGCAGCUUUUGUGGGAAAGGGUCAAAAUGAAUCUAAAGGAUGACACCAGACAAGACAAUCUUCGGCGACAUCCUUCUGGCUCCUCAGGGAUGAUGUCAGCUAAUCUACAUUCCUAUCAGAAGAGGUCUUUGUUGGAAAUACCUGACAAUGGGCUGGGUGAGGAACAGAGUGCAAGCAUCUCUCCCUCCAAUGGAGUAGAUAGAAGAGCAACUACACUAUACAAUCAUUUCACAUCAAAGAAUGAUGAAAAUAGAUCUUUUGAAGGUACGCUAUAUAAAAGAGGAGCUUUGCUGAAAGGUUGGAAGCCUCGCUGGUUUGUGCUCGAUGUGACAAAACACCAGUUACGAUACUAUGACUCUGGUGAAGAUACAAGCUGUAAAGGACACAUAGACCUUGCGGAAGUAGAAACAGUGAUUCCUGCUUCUCCAACUAUUGGAGCCCCGAAACAUGCAAGUGAAAAAGCAUUUUUUGAUUUGAAGACAAACAAACGUGUGUAUAAUUUUUGUGCCCAGGAUGCACAGAGUGCUCAACAAUGGAUGGAUAGGAUCCAGAGCUGCAUUUCAGAUGCUUAGAAACGUAUAACAUUCCAUAAUCAAGACAUGGUUAAAGCACCUCUUUUUGUAAGAAGAUAUGUUCUGAAAUGUUGUUGAUGGACAAUGAGCCUUUCUUACAUUUCAGCCACAAACAUUCUUAAUAUGCUGAAGUUCCUAUUCUGUUCAAUAAUGAUAACCGCUGUUAUUGCUCUUUUUUUUUUUCUCUCUCUGCAGGGAGGACUUUGAAAAAUAAUAAUCCAUGUAUCCUUAAUUUCCACUUUCUUCAGUACAAUUCCUAGCUAUAAAAGUGAGCCAUAUUUGCAUUUUCUAAUCCCAGUUUUCUCAUUUCAGAGUUACUCUGAUAGGAAACCUGUCCAAAGUAGAUUGCAGAAAGUUUCCCUCCAGCAGAAAGUCUGUUUUCACCUUAUUUAUAUAUUUAAACAGAAAGUUCUUACUUCCAAGCUAGUCAUUAAUGAGGGAACAUGUCUACAAUUCCUAAAAAUAAAUAAUCAAACAAAGCUUAUAAGUCCAGUGACAUAUAUAUCUGAUUGCCAAUGUUUAGACAGUUGAUAUUUUUUUAAGACCAAAAAGUGAAAUUGCCUGAUAACAGAUUUUCAAGUGUCUUCUCAGCAUGCAGGCCAGUCUCUAAUCUUGUGCUCUACAGAGUGCUUCAGCAAUGUUGUUACGGUAUUUCAGGUUCUAGGGAUUAUUUGAAGAUCAUAGCACUUUCUUUUUUAGAUUCUGUUUGCUAUUAUGAUGGAAUAAAUGAGAGGAAACUGGCUGACUCUGUCCAGGAGAAACAGAAAACAACAAACUAGGAAUUCAGUAGAAGAUCUCUUAAGUGUGAGUUGUAUAUGUUAAUUUAUACGCUGUUCUGCUCACUGUAAAAUAAAAAAAAUAACAAACAUGAUGAUGCACUAAACAGUGAAGCAAGCACUUGCACUGAAAUCUUUAAAAUACUCACAUUUUGAAUGACAGAGGUAAGUUAUUUAUAGCAGAACAAUACUAGCUAGUUAACAACAUUUACAGAUAUUAAAUAUGUACAUAAUCGGGUUUGAUGUGUUGUGAUUUGAUACUUAAAACAUUUUUUGCACAUAAAUUGUAAGACUUUAUAGAUUUUUACAUUUGAUAAAAUUGUGUUUGUUCAGCUUAAAAUCUUGGAGAAAUGUUUUUAAUAACCCCAAAUUAUUAGAAAUUUUACAGUCUACAAAUAGUGAUUGAUGAUAUAGAGUAGAAUCUUUAGGUAAUUAAGCUAUUGUUUUUAUUUUGAAAUGUUAAUAUGUUGAAUAGCACACAUAUUACAAAAGGUUUGUAUAUAUGAUUCAGUAUCUUCUCAUUUUUUCAGACAUUCUGCUUAUAAUUUAAUAUCAGCCUAACCAAACUGACUCUACGUAAUAAGAUUUUUCAGUUAUUAAAUUGUUGGUUUUUUUUUAUAACUAAUGUAUUUUGUCAGAAAUUAAUAUAAAUUUCUCACUUCACAUACACAAUAGGAAAUGCAGCUGUUUUUAAUGCAUUUGCAAUUUCAAAACAAGAAAAUGAAGGAUUUUUCUAGCAUUUUUCAAUUGACAAAUUUCCACCUGUGACAAUGGUGUUUGCACAUUUGUAUGUUACUUUGUAUAUGAAGUACUUUUAUAUGUACUUUGUAAAGUACUGGUCCCGCUCUUAGGUUAUAUAAAAAUUUACAUACCACCUCUUAUUUUGUAACUAGUUCAUUUUAACUCUUGUAUGUUAUGUGAUAUAUGUAUGCUAACCAUCUUGUAAUAAAUACACUUCUUUAGUAAAACCCUUCCUUUUACUGUAAAAAUGAACUAAGCAAGACCCACAUGUUGAAAUAUUUCCACAGACACAAGACAAAUCCUUACUUACUCUGUUUUAAGAAUAGUGUGGUCUUUUGUGUCCGUGUAUACACCCUUACAUAAAAGUUGCAUGUGAGCAUCCUUAACUCAAAUACUUCUUAACAGUAGCACUAAAGAAAUCAGAGUUUAAAGCAAAGUUACCAUUCUAACAAGUCUCAAUGUAUGGCCUUUACUAAAAAGGCUAAAUACGUAAUGUUCAUACUAAGUUGUUGAAUAAUUAUGUUAAAUAUAACAAAAAACAAAAAAAUCCUAUAUGGUAUCACAACAUGGAACAGCCACAUUCUUUCUCCCUUAAACGUAUCUUGCUCAUUUAUCUCAUCUUAUGCAUGUGAUCUAGUUCAUAAGAAAUAUAAGAAAUGACAAGAUCUUUCGUGAGAAUGUGCGUCUAAAUUGAAUUCCUGAGUGUAGUGUGAGAUAGCAGAGUUACAAUGGAAAGGGAAUGUGUGAUGGAGGUAGGGGACCUGUGACAAUUCUUAGAUGCUGUGGUGCUUAGAUGAUAAGGUUUUCAUAUUGAGCUUGGAAUGAAAGCUAAUGUUGCCUUAAAUGUUGAUCUCAAUUUUUAGUGUCUGUAUUGAUGGAAAAUUGACUUGAGCAACUUAACUUAAAAAUAUCCAAAUAAAAGCUGAAACAAGA